UCUACUUCACCCAUAUAGUUGCUUUCCCACUUCGAUCAUGCGUUAUAAAUAUAUACACGGACGUGGAUCAGAAGUCCCAAACAAGCUCCAUGUCUGUGCUCCCAUGGCUAACCGUAACCACAGUCAUCUGGCUCCAAGCCAUCGGCGGCACCAACACAGACUUCUCAGCCUAUUCAUCUCCGCUCAAAUCUCGACUUGGCAUAACCCAAGUUAAGCUAAAUAACCUCGCCUUUGCCUCCGACGCCGGCAAGCUCUUCGGCUGGUGCGCCGGCCUCGCCGCCUCCCGCCUCCCAUUAUGCGCCGUCCUCGCCAUUGGCGUCACUCUCAGCGCAAUCGGCUACGGCUUGCAAUUCCUCUUCAUGUCAAGAAUAAUUUCAUCACUCUCGUACACUCAAUUCUUCUUUCUCAACAUGCUCAAUGGAAACAGCAUUUGCUGGCUUAACACUGUGGCGUACAUAACAAUUAUGCGACAGUUUUUACCGGCGGAUCACGGCACCGUCAUCGCGCUUACGACCAGCUACACUGGUUUAACGGCGAAAAUUUACUUAGCCUUGGCUGAGGUUAUAGUAGGGAAGAAUAAUGCGGCGUCGAGUGGGAGUGACGGGAAAAUUUACGUGCUGCUCAAUGCUGUGACGCCAGUGGUGAUUGCGUUAUUGACUAUGCCGACUAUUUGGGCGAUGAGAGAGAAGCCGAGGGAUGUGAAGGCGGGGCUAGUGAUGAUGUUUGGUAUAGCGGGAGUGACGGGGGCGUAUGCGGUGAUUCAGACGACGGUACCGACGUUGCAUAGCUCGUCAGGGAUUAUGCCGGAGAUGGUUUUGGUGGUGAUGGUGGCGGCGGUGAUUUUGGUGCCGGUGGUGAAGGUGGGGGAGUGGGCGGUGAGGAGGGGGAAGCAGGAGGGGAGUUUGAAGGUGGGGGUGGGUGAAGUGGGGGAUGUGGAGGGAGGAACGGAGGAGGAGAAGGAGGAGGAGGAGGCGGUGGUGGUGGUUGGGACGGAGGGAAAUGUGAAAGGAGUGGUUGAGUUGGUUAAGAAGGUGAAUUUUUGGCUGUAUUUUAUGGUGUAUUUAUGCGGAGCGACUCUGGGAUUGGUAUAUGGCAAUAAUUUGGGGCAGAUUUCACAAUCACGAGGCGUAUCUGAAAUUGUACUGCUUUCAGUAUAUUCGUCUUUUGGAUUCUUUGGGAGGCUCGCAACUGCGCCGCUCUCCAUCUUCUCCAGGAGCAGGUACAAGAUAUCAAAGAUUGGCACCAUAGCGGUCUUGAUGAUUUUCAUGUCUAUUUCAUUCUUUCUUCUCAUAAGCUCUAGAAAGGUCCCUCUCUUGGUGAGCACAGCUAUCAUUGGAAGCUGCUCCGGUGCUAUAACCUCCAUUGCUGUCUCAGUGUCCUCUGAGCUCUUCGGCCAAGAAAACUUUGGUGUGAACCAUAACAUUGUUAUUUCAAAUAUUCCAGUUGGUUCUUUCCUUUUUGGCUCCAUUGCUGCUCUCAUCUACGAUAAGGGAGAAAAUGUGGGCACUGGAAGAGAUAGGAUUUGCAUUGGAAGUGAUUGCUACCAGAAGACAUUCAUCAUUUGGGGAUGCAUUUGCUCUUUUGGGACUAUUCUGAGCUUUGUUCUUUUUUCUCGAACUAGAAAAAGUUUUAUAAAGUCAUAAAGAUUGUUGUAAUCAUGAUGUUUA